AGAUAGCCUCAUGAGAAUUAAAAUACAGUUGCGACUUUUCAUAUGUCCAUCUGUUAUAAAAGUUACUGGCUUAGUCAUUAAGGAUUAGAGUCUAGACGAAAAUCUUUGUGACGAUUCCGUCAUGUUAUUGUUUCUAGCAUUUUUCGCUUUUGCCGAUGUUGUUGUAUCUCAGGUGCACGACAUCAACACUGACCCACUGACUCAAGAAGAGUUGAAUGCGAAAAUUGCAAAGCUAGAAUGCAUUGUGAAUACACUGGGGAACCAAAUGAUGCAGGAUCAACUUUUCGUCGAAGAAAGGGUGAGGUCUGACGGGAUGUCUGGUGUCAAGAAGGUCAGGCUGUACCACGAGGGCACGAGUCCUUACUUUGCAGAUACUCACAUCGCCCAGUCGGCCAUCGCUAUUCACGACCAUGCCAACUACGACCGAACUUUAGGGAUCGGGGAAUUUAUUGGCGUCUUAAAUGGAGUGGAGUUUCGAACUCGCCACAAUGACUACAAGCUUAAACAGCCUUCCACAGUGACCAAAAACUACCAUGAGACAGAGGACAUUUUCCUACCCAAUGUCCCACCAGAAGUAUUACACCAGCAUACUAUCCAGGACCAGAUCACUGAAAUGCGUGAGUGGUACCGAGCUUUUAAAGAACAAAACAUUACCCACAGAGAUUAUCGCCCUUACUUCAAGCCGAUCAUCUGUGCUCUGGAAGGAGCCUGGACCCUGUCCAAAGAUCUCGAGGAAUCAUUCCCCAGUGACAGACAUCAUUUAGAUGCCAAAACCUGGGCUGACAUGGCGGAAAAGAUUAGUUACACGUCAUACACCGGAAGUAAGCACAACUUGGAAAACUUUGCGUUCUUGCCCUCAAAACUGUACUCCAUGGAAGGUGGCGUGCCGGAGUAUGCCCAGUGGAACUACCGAGUCAUCUGUCAUCCACUCAGCUUCGACAUUCCAACGUCUUUUUUCAAACUAGAGGAUGAUAUUGGCCACAGAUUGGCUACCGAAAUGGAUCUGAAGAGGGCCAUGAACUCCAGGGCAGCUCGUUUUAAAAUAAACGAAUUUAAUCAGGAAAGGCAAACUAUUUACACACUGCUGGACCGCAUCAUGUACGAGCUCCCAGGUUUGGACAACUACCUGGCCAACAUCACAGACAUCACCUACGGCCUGACAGCCAUGGACGUGAACCAAACAGGCAAGGCUCUCAACGCUGGCUUCUACCACAGAUGGUACCAGUACAGUGAGGCAGGAGCAAUGGGGGACUCGGUCAACCAUCGAGGCUUCAACGACGAGACGCUGUGGGUUGCUAUGACAACACAACCCAACAUCAUGCCCCUAUCAAUGAAUUACUGCCCUCAGGAAACGUGUGUACGAGAGACCAAGAGAGUUACAUUUGCCAUCCCGUUAGAAAUUAUCUAUGCAACGCCUCUGUUGAUGUGGAACCCCUACGAUGUAGCUUUCUAUCCAGAAGAUCCCAAGACAGAUCCUCGUGCUCAGGGCGUGACGGCUAAUGGUCGUAACGGUGGACUCACCAGAGAGACUGCGUAUAAUGGUACGAACAGGGAGAACUACUACAGGACCCCAGCUUCUUUCUACACCAGCUUUGACGUAGAACAAGACAACGCAGACACUGCCAAGGGGUCAGUGGGAGUGUUGGACAAAAACGGAAAUGUGCAGCAAAUGGCUGCUUCAGGACCUCGCAUCAUCACACCGGAAAUUGAAGGCGUGGGAACCAUCCGGCUUAGAUAUCCCAUCUUUCCCGUGCACACAGAUGGUAGCACCAUUGGAAGGGACUUAGCGGCGUUGAAAGAGAUUGUCGUCCGAAUGAACAAAUACCAGCAUCUGUUGGAACAAGGUCAGUCCGUUACACAGCCUGUCGAUGCGGAUGUUGGGUUCACCUUAGGAGAAACAUACCAAAACCCCCCUGGGCUUCACGCUCACGAGUUCACAGUCUCCGCCGCUGAUCACGCUUUGCUGCUGUCCGGUAAGAACAUCACGGUGGUGACGUCAUUGGCUCUUGGGCACACCCACGAGCUGAAGAUCGACUACGACUCGAGCCGAGGGUUCUACUUCUACUUGACCUGUGACGGCAUGGACAACUGCUGGGACGGACACCCUCACAGACUCAUCAAAGAAUUUUAGACUCCACAAAAUGUAACCUACCAUUUCACUAUUAAUCUAUGCAUUUAAAAAUAAAUUGAUCUGUGUACCUCAUAACAUUGUUUCAUGAGAUAAAUGUCAAUAGAAAUGUUUUCACUGAAACACACAAUUGAAUUUAUAUAAUGUAUUUAUGUUUACCUCGUGUAUGACCUAUAUAACAUUCUAGGCUAUAAUAAUCAUUUAUUUUAAACCAAAUUGACGCUAUCAAAGAUAAGAUUUUUAAAUAUAGUGUUUUGAACAGUUCUAUCACAAUGACAGGAACUGGUUUUAUUUGAAAUAAUGUCUUGGUUCUUUGUAAAAAGAUGGUGAAAUUUGUCACUGUACAGAUUUGUCUUUAAAACAGUGAAAUGUUAUUCAUUAGUGGACUCAAUGUCUUACUUACAGUAAUCAUGUUUAAUGCUGUAUCAUCGCAGUGUAAAUGUUUGUGAAUAGAGUUUGAGUGACAUGUUUGUAAUCACUAAAAUAAAAGUGUAAAACUAUUCAAAA